GCGGACAGAGCUCGCAAGCUACCGGGGUUCCCAGAUAACGGGACUAUCGUAACGGACACAUAGGCUACGCACACACAGACGGAUGGUGGUGGGACAGAGCCAAAGAGCUGAAUUCCGCUUAACGGGUAUUUUUGUUUUCUUUUCGUUCAGUUUUAAGAUCUCGUUCACAAGCAGUGCUGCUCCUUAAUUUAUUUAGGCUAUCGAUUGAUUGCGUUUUAAUUACCGGCUCGUGAGUGGAAUCGAAGGGGGAGCGUAUCGAGCCGCUGCGCAGCCUUAUACGUGGUCAUUAUUUAAAUAUAGGCUACUAAGCGAUUCUUUUAUAUUUUAUACAAUAAAAAAAUGCUGCUUGAAAUGCAUGUAGUGUGCGCGAGGUAAACCAAACAGUACGAGAGCUCGAAACCAAAUAGAGAAACGAAAUAUUCCUGUUACACCUUUGUAAACGGGUUUAAAGCCAGCAAACGCGUCUUGAUUGUUGUGAACCAAAUAGUUUUUGUACUAAAGGGAACACGAUUUUGACUCGAGAAUUGUUUAAAAAGCGAAACCAAAGUGGAACCAGAUCGCGACGCGCGCAAGGCCAUUGUGACGUUUACCGGCCGCACACCUGGUCUCGCGCGGGAUAUGCAAAACCCAGGAAACGUUAUGACAGUUAGGACAACAAGUGAGUUUUGAAUUUAAAAAAAUCACAGUUUCAACCAACGGUUCGACAUUUGCCAGCGUAGGUCCAAACGUCCUGUCAUUCUAAUUUGUAGGUUAAUUUAACGGAUUUUUCAGCCAAGCAGCUGUUAGAAAGACUAAACAAACGUUAAGUGACAACAAAACACGUUUAAUAUAAAUGUAGACUAUAUUUAGACCGCUUGAUAGAUUCCGGCUAUCCGUCUGUGUGUCAGUCCGAGAUAUCCCUGAGGAAGAAGUUAUGACUGAGAGGCACAAUACCAAAAAUGUAAAGAUAGCUUGAGAAAUUUAAACCAAAUACUAUUACCAAAAAAAUAAACAACCUCAAAACACAGUCUAUUUGACAGUAUAAGCAACCAAAGGAAAAGAACCACAAGACAAGCGCCUCAUACAAGAGCCCAUAGAAGAAAAGCCCAGCCGACAGCGGAUCAUGUUUGUUCCCUUGCCGGUGCCGUUGGUGUUUCAGAGAACCGCUCCUGAUUUCAGCGCCUGGCGACUCAAGUCUCCGCUGCCUCUGCGCUCCGGGAACUCCGUAGAUAUCAGGAUGUCUAAAGCCGUCGAGGAUGACAAGAUGGGGACUGAGCUUCCAGUGGACAGUACAGACUCUGAGAGGAACAGUCCAAGGGCCAGCGAUCAGACCCAGCCAAUGAAAACUAGUCCUUUCUGCCUGUCUCCUGCACCCAGCAACACAAAGGUUAAAGCCGAGGAGGCAGCUGAAAAGAUCAGUGUUCACACUCCUCCACCUCCUCCAGCUCAGCCAGCUCUGCCACACACACAACUCAUGCUGGCCGGCAGUCAGCUCGCAGGGCUGGCCGCUCUCCUCCCUGCGCAGCAGCAGCUGUUGUUGCAGCAGGCUCAAGCGCAGCUGUUAGCCGCAGCCGUGCAGCAGUCGAACGCUGCGCAUGCGGCCCACGCAGCUGCGGCAGCCAAUCAGCAGCAGCAGACGCAACAGCAGCAGGCCAAUCAGGCAGCAGCACAAGCCCAGUCUCAAGCCAAACCUGAGCAAGCUCCGCCUCCGCUUCUGUCACAGCCUAUCCAGCUCACUGCCCAGGCUCUCUGUCUCUCUCUGAAGGACAUUCAGCAGUUUCUGCAGUUACAGCAGCUGGUCCUGAUGCCAGGUCAUCCUCUACAGUCACCUGCUCAGUUCCUACUUCCUCAAGCCCAGGCUCAGCAGGGGCAGCAAGGUUUGCUUUCGACACAAAAUUUGAUUCCACUACCUCAGCAAAGCCCAGGGAGUCUCCUGACCUCGCCAUCUAGACUGGGCCUUCAAGCACAGCAUCAUCUUGACGACAGGCUGUGGUCAUUGCAGAGGGAGAAGAGCGUGGAGAGCGCUGUGAGCUCCGCCCCCUCCUCAGCCCAGCCAAUGAGCUCCAUUUCCACGGUGACAGCUCACGCAGAGGAGCCCAGCGAUCUGGAGGAGCUCGAACAAUUCGCAAGAACCUUCAAACAGAGGAGAAUUAAACUGGGCUUCACACAGGGGGAUGUGGGUAUGGCCAUGGGUAAACUGUACGGCAAUGACUUCAGUCAGACCACCAUCUCACGCUUCGAGGCUCUCAACCUCAGCUUUAAGAACAUGUGCAAGCUCAAACCCUUGCUGGAGAAAUGGCUGAGCGAUGCAGAAACCAUGGCGAUAGACAACAUGCUGCCGAGCCCCAGUUCUCUGUCCUCACCUCUGCUGGGCUUUGAAGGCUUGUCUGGACGCCGUCGAAAGAAACGCACCAGCAUCGAGACCAACGUCCGCAUAGCCCUGGAGCGCAACUUCAUCUCGAACCAGAAGCCUACCUCUGAAGAAAUCCUGCUGAUGGCCGAGCAGCUCAGCAUGGAGAAAGAGGUCAUCCGAGUCUGGUUCUGCAACCGACGGCAGAAAGAGAAGCGUAUAAACCCCUCCAGCGCCACCCCUCCUCUGCCCAACCAUCAUCCAGCUUCAACGCACAAACCGCUCUGCUACAGCCCGCACAUGAUGUCCAGUCAGGGACUGGCUCAGGUUGUUACCAGUCUCAGCACAACCGCCGUCAGUCCCACACCUUCUGUGGCCUGCCCUCUCAACCCCAGUGGACAUGCAGCAAUGAGCUCCGCCUCUUCCUCCGUGACUCCGCCUCCUCUCAGCACAGUCAGCCCGACUCCAUCCAGUCUCAGCAGCCCUGGUCUGAACACAGGGAACACAAUGAUGGGUGUAAGCACAGGAAUGAACCAGGCCCUCAUCAGCAGCAACCCCCUGGCCACAAUGCAAGCCCUGGCUGCCAGUGGUGGGCAGAUGUCCAUUUCCGCUCUUGAUGGCAGCGGUCAAAUGUUCCUGGGUGGAGCUGGAGGUCCAGGACUUCGCCAGUCCCUCUUCCUAAACCGCCCCACUUUACUGCCCCUGGCAAGGAGCGCAGGCAUGGGUCUGGUCGGCACCCCCAGGGCUUCUCCACUACCUGGUGCCAGUGGCACAAGCCCAGACUCCUGCUCCGUCUCCCCCUGCUCAAGCCCCGCCUCCUUCUGCUCAUUAGGCGAAGCCUCACCACCUCCUCUGGGCAGAGCCAUGGCUGAGUGAUGCCCACACCAACCUGCUGCACCUGAGGGGAGUCAGAGGGGCAGAAGAAAGAAGACAGACAAGAUUCGCCUUUUCAACCAAAGCCAUCUCUCCCUCCCUCCAUUUCUCUCUUGUGCUCUCUCUCUCUCUCUCUCUCUCUCUCUCUCUCUCUCUCUCUCAUUAUGUCUUUUAAUGCCAAAAAUACAGAGAAAUGAGCAGAAGAGAACAGGGAUAAGGAGAGAACAGGAUAAAAGGGGACUGUUUAAACCAAAAAAUUGACCAAUACAGCGUGGAGAGGUGGCUUCAACGAAGCUACUUUGAGAAUGUACAUUUAUUCCUUUCCAAAUGGAAAAAGAUAAACCUACACAAACAGAUGAAUUUGAGGGCAGGGUCGAGAGCCAAAGAUUUUUGGGAAGAAACAACAACAAAAAAGGAAAACAAGUGGCAGCGAAUGGAACAAAGGAAGGACAUUUGACAAGUGUCACUGGAUGAUAGAAAGAGAAACCAAAAAAUAAACACAUGGAGGAAGAACUGAAAGACUCACAAAACCAAAAUACCAAAAACCAAAACCAAAAAAUCGGAGAGAAAAGCUUUACCUAAGACUUUGAAACCUGACUUGUCCAGGAUCAGAUUAACUCUGCACGACACCAAAUGCCAUUUUCCAUGCACCCCUAUAAUUUAAACUUUCUUUUUUUUUUUUUUUUUACUAUUUGUAAAUGUAUUUCUCAAUCUACCUCUGCUACCAAGGAUUUAGAUUUUCUCAUUCUUAUUCAUUCCAUUUUCACUUUUGAUCCAUAAUAUUUUCAGCAUUUUUUUCCUGUCAAAACAUUACAGCAAACUAAUUUAGAGGGUUUUUUUCCCACGUACACACACACACAUACACUGACACUUACUCUGACACACAUUCCAGAUUACUUUCCAUUACUGAUCAUCCGCUGGAAACGCAUCCAUGCUUCAAACUUUGACUCACUUUUCUUGGAUACCAAAGCGUUUGUCUGGCCUUUUGCAUCAGCUGUAAAGUCCUCAGACAUGUCAAAAAAAAAAAAAACAUACACAAGGACAAAUUUAAAAAACGAAUCCCCCGAAUCCCCCGAGUCCCCCAAACCCCUGCCCUCCAUCCUCUCUGGACCCCCUCCCCUAUGCCUCAGACAAAAAACGUCAGCCAAAUGAACAAAAGCAAGAGAAGCAGUGACUGAAGAGGAUCCGAGGAAACUCGCUGGGGGAAUCCAACAACCGUGAUGCAGAGGGGAGACAUGCGAUGUCGCCGUUGUUGCUUUUUUUUUCAACACAUGGAUUAAACCAAAAAUGAAACCAAACCAAAACCAAUGGACUAAAACUGAACUUUACUCAAUGGAAUGAAACCAAA